UUUUUUUUUUCAUCGCAGCACCAGACUCGUUGGGCUUACUUUUUUCCUGCAUCUAAAGGUUGAGGGUGAAAGCAAGCAACCAUGAAGCCAGCCAAUCCUUUGCGAAGUAAAUCAGGUGGUUCAAGUCCGCUUAAAAAGAAGGAUAAAAUUAACCGCCCCGCUUACUCGCCAUCGCCUCCUUCCAUUCCUACACAGUCAAUGCCAUCAUCAUCAUCUAGACCUUCUCGUUUACCCGCCAGCAACUUUCCCCUUACUAAAGCCCCCAUCGCCCUGGAUUUGCAUCGCUUCGCUGACAGUAAUUUACAACCGGAAGAAUUUGUACGUCGAUCGCUCGGGGACGCCAACGAGGAAGAAAUACGAGGUUUUCACAAAUCACUUAUUGAAGCGAAACACGUCGUAGGAGGCGAUUUGCAACGCAACGUCUAUCGCAACUAUACGGAGUUUGUCACCAUCUCCAAAGAAAUUUCCAAUUUGGAUAGUGACGUCCUCAAUCUGAAAGAAUAUCUCAACGAACUGCGAAGUAUAUGGGAUGGAUUUCAAGCCAUGGCCAUUACACUGGAGGAUUCAACUCCCAUGGAUGGAAUCCCCGUAAAUACCACCGUGUCAUCGUCGCGUAAAAGAAAUGAUUACAUUACCACCGAUAUGCAGAGUAUUUAUCGUGCGCGAAUGAUGGCCUUAUGGGAAAAUGUGGAAGGAUCACAGAGGUUCAUUCCUUAUAUCCAAGAUCGACGCCUCAUCCGUGAAUGCGUGAAUUUUUGGGAUAUCCAUCCCCAAACUUUCAAGCCUCGACAAGCGGUUCACAUCUUUCUGUUGAACGAUUGCAUUCUGAUCGCUUACCGCAAAAAACGGACCAUGUCUACUCAGCAAAAGCUGGUGGCCGAGCAUUGUUGGAAUUUUCGUGAAAUGACCAUUGUCGAUGUAAAGGACACCGAUGACCUGAAAAAUGCCGUCAAGUUCGUGGUGUAUCCGAAUGUUUACUUAUACCAGUCGGAACGACCUGACGACAAAACCGGUCUUUUACAAGCAUAUCGAUCCAUCAAAGAUGAAAUGGAUGAUACACAUCAAAUUAUACCUUCGCAAUUUAAUAUUCAAAAGGAUAUUGCUACAAAAGAAUCGCCUGAACCGGAAGAAAAGAAAAUACAGUUUAACCCUACCGAUGAAAAAUGGCUGAACGAUUUACCGGAUGAGUUGGAAGUGAUGAUUGCCCUUCGUGAAUUUGAAGAGGCUGUGGUAGCUAUUGAAAAAGCCAGUGCUCUUUUUGCUGGAUGCGGUGAUGCGACGACGUUGCAGGACAUGCGAAAACGAGUACAACAUUACACCGAGUCGUUGUGCGAUUUGAUUUGUCAAGAUCUCGGCAAUACCUUAUUGACAAAACUUCAAUUUCAACGAUUUGUCAAUUGGCUGUUAAGACUGAAUAAAGGAGAACAGGCUCGGGAAAUGUUUUUGAAAACACGAUCGCUUAUCAUCAAGAAACGCAUCAGGCAGUUGGUCUUUGAAGGUGACAUUACCACGUACAUUGGCGAGCUUGCUUUGGUAGUAUUCACACUUAUUCGGAAUACGUGUGAAUGGUAUCGUGAUUCUUUUAGACAAAAUGACAUGGCCUCAGGUUUUGUGACCUGGGUACGAGAACAAGCCGAAGUUUAUGCAGCCAUCUAUAAACGACAAGUUUUCAACAACAGCCAAUUGAGCUGCCAAGCCAUUGCCGAGUGUUUCAAAUCCACGCUCGAUCAAUGUGCCGUGCUUCGCAAAGUGGGCCUUGAUCUGAAAUUUUUGCUGGAAGAUCUAUUUAUGGAAAACAUCAAGGAGACGGUACUGAUCUAUCAGAAGAAAUGCAUGGACAAGGUCAAUCGAUUUGUAAAGAAUGACAACUUUCUGGUUGUCACGAGUCAAAAUUUGGGUCCCGAUGUCAAGGUGACAUCGAGUGUGGUUAGCUUUUAUAAUUUGCUGAUCAAAUUUGUCAACGACAUUUGUCUUUUGGCAAAGUUACGACUGUAUACAACGGUCAUUGAUUGUGUAUCACAGCUGACAGAAUUUUACUUGCGAAGCAUGGUAGAGGAAUCCAAAAAGAAGGAUUUGUCCAAGGAUCAGCGAUCUCUUGCAUUUUUGAAUGUAUCAUUUAUUCUCGAUAAUGCUGUUCCACGAGUAUCCUCACAACUCAAUGUAAAUGCGAAUUUACUCUUUUUGAAUGAUUCGUUUUUUUCUAAUCCCUUUCUAUAGUACCACUUUGAUCGGCCGAUACC